UCUGACCGUGACGGAGACUCCCUGGGAGCUGCUACUGAAAGCUGAACCGGGAACCAGGAAAUGCACAAGCCCCUAUCUAUAGCAAAACAGCUGGGCUCUCUGGGAGACAGAGCACCAUGGGAAACCGGCUCUGCUGCGGGGGAAGCUGGAGCUGCCCAUCAACUUUCCAGAGGAAAAAGAAAAUGGGGAGCCAAGCAAGACGGACAUUAAAGCAGCAGCAGCAACAGAAUGGCACAAAGGGCCAUGACCUAACGGGACGUACGUAUGAGCAGGUGUUAAAGCAGCCUGUGUCUCAGGAGACGAGUCAAGGCCUCAGGUCGGAGGAGAGCAGCUUACACUAUGCAGACAUUCAAGUGUGCAGCCUAACCCAGACACGCUCUGCCCAGGAGGUGAAGCACCUACAGCUAGAAAAUGCUACAGAGUAUGCGACGCUUUACUUCCCCCAGUCCACACGCCGCUAUGACAGCAAGAACGGGACCCUAGUAUGAGCCCUGGGGAGGAUGGACCUGAUUGCAUCAUUUCAUCACUAUGGCUGUGGGGAGAAUCUACUGCUUUGGGGAACUGGCUAGCAGCCCAGGGAUGGCAGACACGUUUUAGAAUUACAGAGCCCCUGGAAUUGAGGGCCCCAGUGUUGCGCUCUCCCUAAGCCUAUCUCUUAUUUGCCACCAUUAGCUUGGGGUUGUAUUUGGGUUACCUGGGGGUGGAUGGAGUUCUACAAAAUGAGGGGGCUAGGCUGAGUGUGCGGGAAGGUAGGGUUUUGCCCCCUACCUUUGCUCCUGCUCUCUAGAAAAGUGCAGAGAGAACAGGUUACCCUUGAAGCAUCUGCACUUGAGCUGAUUUUAUUGGAGUUAAUUUGAUGGUAUCCCUUCUACACACCUUAAACGCCAAAGCUGAAGAAGAAGAGGUGCUCUGGAAAGCAUUCAGAGCUCUCGUACACAGCUUCUAGGGCUGUCUUGGGCAAUUUCCUCAGUGGCUGGGUCAAGGGUCCCAGACCUAUACAAACAAAUGAGGACAGGGGCUGAGGCAUGGAGCAAGCGUUUUCUGACCAUCGAUUACAAGGACGUCAAGUCACAGAUGCUGACAGCACUGCGAGGCCCAGAAACUCCCUUUAGCUGGACUGUUUUCUCUCGCGGGUGCAGAGCCGUCAGGAUCAAUAAAUCGCAUA